AUGGGAACUGAGAAUUCAAAACCAGAAAAAAUACAUGCAGGAAGUGUCAAGAAUUUAAACGAUGGUCGUACAGAAAUGGCAAUCGAACAGGCUUUAGAACAGCAACGAAAAAUGUAUGAAGAAAAAUUUGAAAAGUUGGUUAAAUCUCAAUUGCGGUCUGAAACUACAGUAUCGCAUAACAUAAAUCGCGAUAGCAAUACACCAAACAUACCACAAAAUCCAACAAAUUCAUCAAUUGGGCCUUUAUACCCAAAUUUGAAUGUAAUGACUAAUAACACUAUUGGCAAUCGACAAACUGUUCAUCAUGAUCUACAUAAAAAUCAUCCAAGAGUUUUAAAUACAUAUGAAUUUCAAUUCUCUCCUGCAGUACCAUCUGCUCCAGCAGAAAGUGACAACUAUGUUGAUGUCACAAGGACUAAACAGAAUAACAGCAAUGGUGCAAUACCAAAAUCCAGAUUCUCUCCUGCAGUACCUUCUACUCCAGCAAAAAGUGUCAACGAUGUUGAUGUCACAAGGACUAAACAGAUAAACAACAAAGGUGCAAUACCAAAAUCCAGAAUUUUCUACAAUGAGAAGAAUAAAAAUAAUGAUAGCCAGUGUGUGAAUUGUGUCACGUGUUCUAGUACUCUUGGAUUACAAAUAUAUCAAUGCAAUUCUGGCCAUAGCUCAUGCAGUCAAUGUAGAUUUCUCAAGAAAUGCUGUGGCAUAUGUUCAAGGUUAAUUACAGACAUGAGGAAUAUAACUCUCGAAACAUUCAUUGCAGAAUUGCAAAUCAAUAUUAAUGAUGAUGAACGUGUAAAAUGCCCCAAUACAAAAGAUGGUUGCUGCCUUUCAUUUAAAAAAGAUGCUAUGGAAGAACAUUUAAAAGAAUGCCCUUAUAAAGAUAUAGACUGUCCAUUAUUAAAAAUAUUUGGUAUCUGUAAAUGGCAAGGUAAAGUAAAUCAUUUACUGCAACACUUUAAGGAUUUGCACCCGGAGCACUGCUUUGCAGAUGUGGAUAAAGAAAUGAAGAUUCUAGAUGCUGAAACAGAGUUUUAUAAUGUUUAUUUCGUAAACAUUGGCUCAUUCAACUUUUUAAUUCACAUUAAACGAGACUUACAAAAGACAAUAUAUAUGACAGCUACACUGUUUGGUACCAAAUUUAGUGCUUUAAAGUGGACAUAUGAGUUUCAAGUAUAUAAUAAAAAGGAACCGAGACGUAAAUUCACAUACAUCGAUAUUUGUAACUCAUUUGUCACACCAGCUGUAGAGUUAUUUGAAGCAGGUUGUUGUGCAGUUCUUGAUAAACAAUAUGGUCAAUCUUUUUUCAAUAAUAAUGAAUUAACUUAUAAAUUUUAUAUAAAGAAAAAAAUUGAUUCUAAAAAGAAUAUGCAAAAAAAU